GUCCGUUUUCUCAGUACUUGCCUCUCCAUGUGCACAAAACUAUUGACCUACUUUACCAAGUUGCUGUGAAAGACUGAUGAUAGUGGUAUCCGUGAAGUGAUCCCCACGUUCAACUCUCUGUUGUGCUUGGCCACAUCCACGAAGAUGAAUGGCUGGGUUUCAAGCAUGCUCUGCAUGUCCGUCGUCCUCUUACUGCUGUUAAAGGGUGCCCUUACCCGGAAGAGCCAAGAUCUCCAUUGUGGAGCAUGUCGGGCCCUGGUAGAUGAACUGGAGUGGGAAAUUUCUCAGGUAGACCCCAAGAAAACCAUCCAGAUGGGUUCCUUCCGCAUCAAUCCAGAUGGAAGUCAGUCGGUUGUAGAGGUGCCCUAUGCCAGGUCUGAAGCUCACCUGACAGAAUUGUUGGAGCGUAUUUGUGAGAACAUGAAAGACUAUGGAGAGAAUCUGGAUCCAUCCACCCACCGUAAAAGUUAUGUAAGGGUUAUCUCUCAUGACGGGACUAAAAUGGACCUUUCUGAAACCAAAUUUGACAGUGAUGUGUCGUCAAGCCUGAAAUUUGUGUGUGAGAGUAUAGCCGAAGAGUAUGAAGAUGAACUCAUAGAGUUCUUCUCCCAUGAGGCAGAAAACGUGAAGGACCGACUAUGCAGCAAACGCACAGAUCUGUGUGACCACGCCUUGCACCUCCCACAUGAUGAACUGUGACAUGCAUAGGCUUGACUAGUUGGAUGAAUGCUGUGGGAUAAUUUAUCCUUUGUGGAAGACCACCUUCCAGUUCCCAGCUGCUGUUUUUUUCACCAUCUAUCUAUUUUACAAAGAACGUGAAACAAUCUUUGAUUGUGCCUC